AUGUCGUCUGCUCCUACCCUCUUCAUCUGGUUUCCCAGCGUACUUUUAGCAAAUUCCGUGCCUUGGCCUUCCUUUCCUCUUCACCAAUCAUCAUCAUUCACAUUCACUAUUAGUCUAACAUUACUGGAGACUGUCGAUAUCAGGAUGAACCCCCAGCUGUCCAAUGUCGAACUCCCGCAAGAUGCUCGCAGACAAACUAUCGAACAGGCCAGAACCGCGCUUCGACAACACAUUGGUUUGGAACCAGGAAGAACCCGGACUUCAACAGUUGCACAGGUUGGGUUUUGGCUGAAAUUAUCUCACACCCCGAGCCUUUGCCGACUGGACUGUGAUACGCCUACCAUCGCUAGCAAAACAUAUCGUAUCUCUGUUCGACCUGGUAUGCCCAAUAUGGCUCGGUUUCGGGGGACGACACACGUCUCGUUCUACCACGUACACUGUUUUGAGAAAAUUGCAGACUUUUCUCAAACCCAUUAUUUGGAUCGUCUUCGACCUGUUACUCGUCAGUAUCCGACUUCGUCAAGUCACUCUUCUAUUCCGCCAGAUGCCAUAAGUGCCGGACGCCAUGUGCUUGAUGCCGGAGCUCAACUACUCUUUGAGUUCUGGAAGUCUAUAAUCUGUAGUGCCAUUCAGCGGAAUGGUCACGAGCAGCCUGGCGUCGGUGUCAUAAAUUGGCCUGCAUUUAUGGACGAAGUCGAUUGGUGUAACUCCAGAAAGCACGUUGAUACCCUUUCAUAUCGGCACGACUCUUCAGCGUGGAAUUUCUUCAACGAAUUUCUAGCCCUUCCGACACCCGAUCCCUUCGGACCAGGAUUUUGCACGAGCCUGAGCACAAGCCUGCAGCGUUGGGAUCUAGCUAAACGUGUUUGUCGUGCUGAGCGGUACGAUGCACUUAUGUUCCAGGGAAUAAGCUCCGGAGCCUUCCACACGAUGAGACAGAGGAUCAGCGACGAUGAAGUGAAAAGCACUGUCCGGCUACUGUCCUACGUGUGGGAGGACGACACAUUUCGUAGAAGCUGAGGUGUAAAGGUUUUCACCACUGGGCUUGAGAGGAAGGUCUGCGUUGAAGGAUUCCUGUCGGUGCUAAUAAGCGUUCAAGCCCGCUUGUAGCCAAGGAAAGCUGAAGUUUUCGUAAUUGAAUAUGCUGCGUUUCUUCUGUACCACCCCUCCCCUUACACUUGAUCUGAAAAAGAUCACCACAAUCGGUUGGGAGAUGUCUUGUCGCAAAUAGAGGAAU